GGCUCGGCUCAGCAGACUUAACUCCCGAUAGGAGGAAGGGUGACGGGGCGGGAGGGUGGGUUGAGGUGGAGGGGGUCACCCGGGGUGAGGAUCCAACCCCGGCUGAACCGAUGAGCAGGCCCAGACACGACAGAGAGAGACUCGGAGCUGAGGAGCAGAAACACUCGGGCGUCCUGUGGAGCAGCACGUCUUUUCUCUUUUAACGAAGGAGGUUUUUAUUAUCGGAGCUCUCAGCAGUCCCACUUGUGAGUACACUUUCCUUUACACUUCUGAGACUGUCCACUCUAUCGUUAUAGUUUUGUUUUGUAGUAAAUGUGAUGUUAAAGUAAGAAUAUUUUCAACAAAGUUUACUAUUUAACCCACAUCGAUGCAUCUGUCAGUCUGAUCACUCACAUUUCCGUGUCUCAUUAUUAAUCAAGUUGAUUAGAAACAUAUUUUGGGAUUGAUAACUUUAGAUAUUCUAAAUCCCAGUCACUCACUUUCUACUUUAAUUGGUUUUAAAUGUAGUUUUCUAAUUAUAUUUAAUAAUCAUUUACACUAAACGAAAAAUGUUAUCUGUGGACGAGUUCAACCUGCACCAAUAUCAGAUUAUUGAUCUUAAAAUGAUUAAAUAAAUUACCAUAGUGAUGACUAAAACUCUCACCACAGAUUAGUUUGAUUUGUUUGGUCCAUAUCAGAGAUAACACGUGUAAUACAAGUCUGUAUAUUUGUUUGUUUUGACCAAAAGUGUUGCUCAUGUUUUCCUUUUAGUGAGAGAUUUUAUUUUUCACUUUAUUCUCUUUGUCUGGCAUCAGAUAAAAACUUUACAUCUUCCUCCUAAAUACAGCAAAAUGCAGAAGUGCUGUAAUGUUUUGCUUGAUAACAUACUGUCACCUAAACUAAUGCACCUCUGUUUUUAACCACUAGGUGGUGGAAUUACUGCAUACUUCCAUCCCCUUCCCUCAGCUCACUGGGGUGUCAUACAGGACUGUUUGACCAUGGCUGCUCAGACUGCUGGAGGCAUGAUUCAGGAUCUGGCUAUGCCCACACUGCUGCCAGAGUCCAGGGCUCUAGGAGAAGCCGGACCCUUCACCGAUGAGACUGUUUCCAUCCUUACCUCUACAAGUCAGCUGGCCCGAACCCUCCUGGGCCGCAGCUUUACCCCAAAUAACAAAGACACCCUCAGCAACGCAGAAGCGAAAUCUGGCAGCAGCUGUGAUGAAGACAAUGGUAACAAUUCACGUCGCAAACGGGAGUUCAUCUCAGAUGAGAAGAAGGAUGAGGGAUACUGGGACAAGAGGCGAAAAAACAACGAAGCAGCCAAGAGAUCCAGAGAGAAGCGGAGAGCCAAUGACAUCGUGCUGGAGAGUCGAGUUCUGGGACUUCUGGAGGAGAACGCUCGCCUCAGGGCUGAGCUCUUGGCGCUGAAGUUUCGCUUUGGUUUGGUUAAAGACUCAUCUGAUGUGUCCAUCCUGCCUCUAUCUUCACCCAUCCGUACAACAGUCAGUACCUCACAUUUCUAUCAGCCUCAUGCUGCUAACGGAUCAUCAUGCCCUAACACACAGCCCAUCGCCAGCACCAACAGCAUCCACCCUCAGCCUCCUCAGCAGGGAGCCUUUUAUGGCCCGAGGAGAACCGGGCCUCUGGCGAGUCUUGGUGUGUCUGAGUUAGGUGUCUCAACCUCAUGUCCCUCAAACACAGGCACUAACUCUGUGUUCUUGGAUGACAGUGUGAGUGAGCAUGGUGGACCUUCUCCAAGGGAGCUGGUGGGGGGAACACAGGGCUAUGACACUCCCAUCUGUUCCCUGGAAGUCAGAGAGAGUCAAUAUGUAAAUAGACACGAGUCACCUGAGGGUCUGAGGAGCCUUCCGCACAAGCUCCGCUUCAAAGGUCCUGGGGGGGACUUUUCUCCAUCCCCUGAUGGUAGACAAAGUGGACCCCCCGUAGCCACAGUGGGACCAAACACCCAGGAGAGAUGCCAGCAGCAGGUGGGUUGGGUCAGUCCAACAGAGAGCCUGGCUCCAUGGCCCAGGGAGGAGGCCUCUGGUGGAUCUGGGCUGCAGUAUCAAAGCCCUGGAUCAUAUAACUCUGCGCAGUUCUCAGGGGACGCUAACCUUUCAACAGAGGACACGCAUCUUAGAUCUCAGAUCAGUUGUUUGUCUCAGGAAGUGGCUCAGCUCAAGAAGCUCUUCUCUCAGCAGCUCCUCACCAGGCUGUAAGAUCGUGAGCACAAGCGCACGAAGACCACAUGAAAAGCAGAUUUCACACUACAGCUUUUUGAAACAAAGACACUACAAGUUUCCACAAGACAGCUCGGCCUCGGUGUAAACAGCUACCUCUGAAGUGACAACCCUGUCUCACUGAGCCUGUACUAAAACACCAGCACACUGACACUGAUGCACUCAGGGGGGGACACUGCACAGUGUUGAACACUCUCAAAAACACUGGAAUGCCUUUUGGGCGUAGAACUCUAGAUGGUUACAGCACCUAAACCUCAAUCUCACCAUGUUCACUAACUUUUGUUGUCUUCUUCGGGGACGUUGCAGGCGGUUCGACACAAACACUGUAUACAAAUAUCGACUCGAGUUAGAUUUACAGUUAAAAGAAGCGUAUAUACGAACUUCUUAUUGGAUGUGCUAAAAUAUGACCUUGGACAGAUUUCUAGGAAUGACCUCCGUGUGUUUACUGUAUGUGUAUCAUUGGCAGUAUCUGUGUGUGGUUUAUCACAAAGCCAUCAAAAUAAGCAAUAUACUUUUGUAUGUUUUGUUGUUGCUUAAAAUGAUAAUUGAGGUAAAUUGUAUUUGGAAAUAAAACACAUUUUAUAGUAAAAAA